UCUUCUACGUCCAUUAUUCUCUUCUGUUUGCGACCAGCAAUCAGGUAGGCUCGAAGCGAUAGGAUUCUAUCGAUUCAGAGAGAAUUAUAGCGAAACAGACGACACAAUGGUCCAAUCGUUCGAAGAGGUCGGUAUACGUAAUAGACGCUACGUAGACAAUGUUACAUAUGUAAAAGUAAUAAUAAUAAUAUUGGUUGUUAAUAAUCUUUGAGUUCUUUUACUAUUAUAUGAAUAUCAUUUGUAAGCGGCGGAUUAUCUAUUUAUUGGUCGUCGACCAGACUCAUCGUAUUUGAUCGAAUAUCUAUAGACUUCCAUUUAUAGGCGCUUGUGGGAUCUGUUUUGUUGGAGUUGCCCGCUGUCUAGUCAGACACGUUGGUCUUGUUCGUUUCGCUAUGACAAGGCUGUCUCUCUUGUCUAGCCAUUUUGUUACGCCGAUAAUUAUAUUUUGGAAUACAUUUGGUAAAUGCGUGUUAUCGGUAUAACAAAACAGUCUGGAUAUUUGCUACCUGUCCUUCCUGUUCGUUUCUGUGGUAACUCACCGUCGUCUCUCUCAACUGCGCUUUUAUGAUGACCCACAAUUGUUAGCGACAAGAGGCUACUAUUUCGCUAGAGCUCAUUCUUCGACAAGAUACGUAUCGAUCUCGGCAGAAAGACGAAUUCAAUUUUAAUUUCCGUGUGAGCGCUCUUUGAUGCCAAUGAGCUGCCAGACUCGAUACGUAUGACUACCGACUGCCAAAGAACAAAGGCUGUAAAGGAAGUGGCUUUUCGGCUGACAGCCUGCCGCAGCAGACAAUUCGAUCGGAGAACAAUCAUUUCCUAAACGUCGUAAAAAUGAAAGCGCUUUGUCGCACUCAGGUCAGAGUUGCCGGAUGUUUUAGGAUAUCCUACAAAAUGCUCACAGCGUAGCCGGGAAGAUGAACUUUAUCACACCCACUUCCAGCUUGCGAAUGACUCAAUGCUAGUGAAACCGUUAAGCUUUGUGGUAUAAUUGACAGAAGUGUAUUAUAAAAACACGAUGCUAUGAUUAACUGCUAAGGUAUCGAAGAAUGCUUGAUUGUCGAUUGUAAAAUAGCCAUGGGUGAGUCGUACUCUUGCCAAAAACACAUCACUUGAAAAAUAUGCUAUAAUAAAAAUCUAGAGUAAAGUUUCAGCCCAAGGCUGGGUCAGCAGGCCCAAGGACAUGAAGAUGAACGACUUAAUGACUCAUCGAGUAACUCUGUAGAUGUAUCAUAACCUCUUAAGCCCUCUUGCGACUUAUAACGGCAGCUGAUAUUGAACCUCUGAACGUUGUUUUACUCAGAGUACUCAUGCGUACUUCCGUUGGCAAUGCCGAUAUGUAUCCACUGCUGCCGCAUGGCAUGGCGCAUCUGCGUCAAGCGCAAAGGCCAUUGUUUUCGCACUUAGAGUGUGGCCAACGCACGCUGAUGUACACAAGAUCUACCAACAGGAGAUAAGUGUUUGGUGCUGAAUCACCUUCCAGUCCCAUUAGAGCGAUCAUGGGUAGAUGGGCGAUGAUGAUUAUGACGACGGCGGCAAACAUCGUUGUAUAACGGAUUUCACUUUCCUGUGGAGCGUGUACACCACUGCCUGCGGGACACAUCCGCUAAAUGAACUAUUUGCCUUAUCGUAGGACAUUUCCAAAAAAGGUUGGUCAGAGGGCAAUCACGAUCGCGUAGCAUUAAAUAAAAGUACAUGGAAAACGACGAAUACAGAGGUCGCUUUAGACGUUCACAAACUAGUUGACCAAGGUUCGUGUCAAAAUGCUUUCUAUUCCAUCCUGGCUCCAGUCAACAUCGAGAUGUCAAGGUUAGGCAACAUUACCCUAUAGUUUGUCCAAUCAGGCUCUACGAUCACUCUCCAGCGUUUACUUUAUCGAUAUUUUUGUCAGUUAGAUCCCCUCUGUUAAUGCCUCAUCGCUGAGUUCCCUUGUAACCAUACGAAAUAACUUUGCUUUCGAUCUGUAAUAGGAUAAUAAUUGAUAGAAUGGUGGCUUCAUGGAAAUUUGCCCCUGGAGAACUCCCAGUUAUUUAGGGUCUAUAGAGGUGCAGAAAUGCUGCCAUGUAAUAUCAUUAUAAUUACCAAUCUGGCAGCCUUUGUUUCUUUCAUUGAUGAUGAAGGAUAAUCGAUUUUUUCCAUUUGAUCUACAAUUCUAUGUUUUCCAGCGUGCUAGAUUCCAAGUCACCCGCUUGAUUAGCGGUUGAUUUCAUUGAGGAAGCCUAUAUUUUCUGAUGUCAUAAAAAAUCUUUUCUAGCUACCACUUUGAUUCCCCGUUAAGCGUUCCCUGUCGAUAGUCGUUGAGCGAUGAAUUUAUCGCUAGAAAAUCUGGAACCACUUAAUUAUAGUUUAUCUAUAAUAUUGCCUUUAUUAUUUAGUAGAUCAAUGCGGCACCACUUAAAAUUGGUACGUUUUCAAUAAAGCCGCGUAUAGAAACUUAAGCUUCGAACGAAGGACUCUACUGUUGUUUGUGAUAUUAGAGAAAUAAGGUGUUGAAUCAGUACGGGAUUUUCCCUUUCUCAUCUGGUCGUGUGUUGACAGCCGGGCGAAGACCUUAAAUGGCCACAUCUGUCUGCAACUUAGUAUUUGUAUAGAAAGUGGCUUUUGUGACUCUUAUAAUUUCAACGCUCGAAUUGAGUAACAUGGUCGUGGUAGCGUCAAGUUUAUUCGCUUGUUUCUACCAACUAUGUAAGUUUAUCGGUUUAUCAUACUUGCUACCUGGCCGUAUCGAGUAGGCAAAGGCCACCUGCCUCCAUAAUCUUAUUGCUAACCCGAUAUAGUGUAAACAACUCUACCGGCUGUUCUUAGCCAACAAUUUACAGCAUAGAAGGGAAUCAAUCUUUUGAUUGUACACUUGUCAAUGGCCUCUAUGCGUCCUGUGAUUCCAAUUGCUCAACGAUGUGUGACAGUUAACGGCAUCUCAGCUCAAUGACUUCACCCGAAUCGGUGCUGCAAACCUAAAAAACUUUCGCUAUUGCAGUAUAAUGUUGUCAUGACAUAACAAUAGGCUGGCUGUGUUUGCGCGCUAAUACGCCCGGGUCGCUCUACGUCAACGAGCGGUUGGCCGACUAAAUACGAUUCCGUUGUAGUCCCGUUAGUACGGCACCAAAAGUACGACCGCCGUUGCCGUAGAUGUUCGAGGCGGCAGUAACGACAUCAAAGGAACUCAGCAGUGGGAAUAAGAAAAAGAGGGCGUAUGUUUCGAAAAGUCCGCAAUCCAGCAACCUAUCGAUCUACGCACGCCUAGGUGUAUCUCGGGUGUGUAUGUAUAUGUGUGUAAGUGAGUGUGUGUGUGUGUGUGUGUGUGUGUGUGUGUGUGUGUGUGUUCGCGUGUGGUAGCUGCUAUAAACAAAAAGCAAAGGCCGUUUGCAAUGACAGAGGCAAGAGUUAUAGGCACAGCAGUCAUCAGUUGUCGCUCCUGCUGGUUCUAGGGCGGCAUCUAGUCCAACGGUUUGUACUAGCUGUUCUUGGCCGUAGCAGCGACUAGAGCGGCUUAAUCCAAACAGAACUUAAAAAGGAAGCAACUGACUGCCAGCCAGCAACGUUAAGCACCAAAUCACACACAGACACACAGCAUACUACAGAAGUCGCAUAAUCUCGGCAAUCGACGCCCGGCGCCAGCUAGAACUGGGGCGACGCGAUCGUCGUAAGAAUCUGCACUCAGCAGCAAGAAGCAGCACCUUCUGAAAAACUUAUUCAGUAUAUUCUUCGAAUCCUUAAAGUAACACGUAAUCUUCAACAUAGUAAAUAUGUCGCAUCGGUCAAUUGUCCGCUCAUCAAAAUUUCGACACAUCUUCGGCCAGGCGCUGAAGAAGGAGAAUUGCUAUGACAAUAUUCGCAUUACGAAAUCGUCAUGGGAUUCGAACUUCUGCUGUGCCAACCCCAAGUUUAUUGCAAUUAUCACCGAACAGGCUGGAGGCGGAGCUUUUCUAGUCCUUCCAAUCAAACAGGUGGGUCGUGUUGACCCUAACGCCCCAUUGGUCGCAGGUCACAAGGGUCCCGUCCUAGACAUCGCCUGGAGUCCCUUCAACGAUAAUGUCAUAGCGUCAGCAUGCGACGACACCUUUGUUCGUGUUUGGCAAAUCCCAAAUCUCGGCCUUGUCCGAACAAUGACCGAGCCUGUAGUCGAGCUGCAUGGCCAUCAGCGUAAAGUGCAAAACAUUCAUUGGCACCCGUCGGCCAACAACGUUUUACUCAGUAUCGGUGCCGAUUGCAAACUGAUCAUUUGGAACGUAGGCACUUCAGAGAUCCUUUCGGCGAUUGACCAUCCUGACGUUGUGUUCAGCGCCUGCUGGAAUUGGGAUGGAAGCCGAAUUGUGACGACAUGCAAAGACCGAAAGAUUCGUGUGUAUAAUCCACGGUCGGGCGAGAUCGAAUGUGAGGGACUUGGCCACGAGGGGGCAAAGCCGCAAAAAGCCAUCUACUUAAGAGACGGUCUCAUUUUCACUACUGGGUUCUCACGUAUGUCCGAGCGCCAGUACGCGCUUCGAGUCGAAAGCGCUUUGAAUGAGCCGGUUGUUCUAGAAGAGCUCGACACGUCCAAUGGUGUGCUAGUCCCCUAUUAUGAUCCUGAUGUAAAUCUUCUCUUCCUGUGCGCCAAAGGUGACAGCAAUAUUCGAUACUUCGAGAUCACCGAAGAGGCACCUUUCGUUCACUAUAUUAACACUUACCAAUCUUCAGAGCCUCAGCGCGGAAUGUGUGGCAUGGUAAAGCGUGGCGUGGACGUCACCCAGUGUGAAAUCGCACGCUUUUUCAAGUUACACACUAAAGGGCUCUGUGAAGUUAUCUCUUUCACUGUACCUCGAAAGUCUGAUCUAUUUCAAGAUGACCUAUACCCCUUGACGCCGGGAGACGUGCCGGCCCUGAGCGCUGAUGAGUGGGCUUCUGGCGAAGAUCGGGAACCGUUACUCAUCAACCUCAAGGACGGUUACCAGGCGAAGCACAAAGAUUUCCAGGUGACCGCCAAGCCUCGACCGAAGUCCAACAUACUUGACAGAAUGCCUGGACAACCUCAACAGGAAACGCGACCAGCAUCUUACGUUGAUUCGUCUGGAGACUCUCCAGAGCGGGCUCCUCCACCUCCGGUGGCCGCUGGAAUUUCAGAAGAACAGUACCUUGAACUUGUCGAGGUAAUGAAGCUACUAAAGUCACUCAUUCUCAAGCAUGAGAAACGUAUCCGUAAACUAGAAGACUUCAGUGGACUCAAUAAAAAACGCGAGGAAGAUCAAGCCGCUCAGGAAGAGCAGGGGUUGGGAGAAGCCGCAGCACAGAGACCCGCUGAAACUCCGAACGAACCGAACAACAAUGACGAAACUCAUUGAGGCACCAAAAACUUAAAUAGCCUUCAUUUUGUGCUUCAAAUCGGCACGACGCAGGCACAUCUUCUAUGUAGGCGGUCUAUGUCGCAACUUCGACUACGACACAACGAAUCGGUGGCCCCUAUGUCACUUUGGAUAUACAUGUUUUGUAUCAUUGCCUCGCCAGCUUGUGGCUGGUCAGGAAGGUGCACAUUUCUUUAUAUUAUAUACACUACCCAUCUUAUUGCUUGAUAAUGACGGCCGCUUGUAAUAUGUUAACGAUUUUGAACUCGGCGUCGGUCUGUGCUUCAGCAUUACGCCAACAUUGGGGUUGCAAAUUCACCGAGAGAUUAUAGACCGUGGGCUGUGUGUGUGUGUGUGUGUGUGUCUGUGUGUACGAAUGUAUGUGAAUACGUGUGUGCGUUCCAAUAAAAUACUGAGGAUGUGAUACGAUAGUCGAAUAAACAAAGUAAGGCUAUCAUUUCACAGCGUGAAAGCGCUAAACGUUAUCGCCGGCUCAUGAAGACAACGAUCGGGUGUCGCCCACAUACAAUAUCCGGCCAAGUGGUUCACUCUUCACCGGUAUCUAUAAGGCUUCAGCGGUCACUGGUACUUCGUACGCAUAUACAGCAUAAAAUAUUGUUUUCUAUGAUGGUCCUCUAUGCGAGGAGAGGACAUAAUUAAACAAUCGGCUUGCCUGUGUUUGCUUUUCGUUUGUGAAAUAGAGCAAGGAUUACCGGCUGCUUCAGACAAAAAGUCGCCGGAACUUGACCUUGAUACCAUUACGCUUAAACUAAUUGCAAGUGAGGCUAUAAUGCUGAGCAACCCGUAUGAGCGCUUCCUCGUCGUUAGAGGUGUCAUUGGUUAAUCGCGAUUCUUUAGUCGAUAUUGUUUGAAUAUUUAAAUUUGUUAACCAAAAUACAGCCCGGACUGUUUUUCCUUGGUUUGCAGUUUGGUAUUUACGUAACACCCUUUUUUUACCAAACGUGGAGUACGGCUGCAGUAAAGGUCUACCCACUCAUGAGUUGAUCACAUAGCCUGUACAAUUGGGCGGUUGCGUUCUAAUCCUACCGAUAAUGCCGAUAUAAGGAUCUCAAAGCACGAACACGCAAAGCAAACGUAUUUGCAAACGCAAAGGCUAUAUGAACUAUGAUUGUUUAGGGCGGACAGCUCCGAUUCGAGUUACUUACGACUAUUGAUUAAUGACGGUCACCUUCCCCCUAACGCUGUUGGCCGGCCAUUUGUCUAUGUCUUUUUGUCUUUUGGUACACCGAUAUUUCCACUAACCUGCCCGUUGACUUGCGAACCGCGAGAGUCUUUCGCCUGUAAGAGCCAAGGAUUGAGCGCAGUAUUUUGCGGUGCGCUACUGCGAAAACACCUGCUACAUGCUUCUUAUCUUCCUUAUAUGUUUUCGGCGCGAAAGGGGCAAACUUGCCGCUGAGACAGUCUUGGGCUGGAGCGUGGAUGGAGUAAUUUUCGAUGGCAGGGCAUGAUAAAGUUCGCGCAAAUUUGAGACAGGCCUUUUAAUCGGAGGGAUGCAUUUCUAUGGUUGGACUUUGACCUAACUAGCCGUUGAUUGUUGGAUUCGAAACGUGUACGUAAUAGUAACACUGUAACAAACUCAGGUGGUGAAGUAACCUUUAUGAUAAUGGAUAUUUUUUUGUUUCAUUCAUAAAGCUAUUUCGAGGUUUUUACAGCUUUUCAACAUAGAAAAAGUCGACGUUUUAGCUCGAUAGUGGUCAGAAUUGAGGACUGAGAAUUUUAGCUAGGUACGGCAAAAUAUUCCCUGACAAACAACGCUCUUUUACUGAACCCUUAGAAUCGAGUACUACUCUAUUUUUCCCAGAUUUCGCUUGUGCGGAUAGAGUGAUACACUCAUACGCAGAGAGAUGUUUGACUGUAUGACAGAUCGAUUGAUAUAUAACUAUUUAUGAGUACAGGAGAUGCAAGCUGCUUAUUGAACUAUAUAGUUCCUUAUAUGUAAUAAUGUUUUCUAUCGUGGAUUUCGCUUAUUUAUAAACGCAGUUCGUCUGUGGUAGAAGUAGUUGAGCCCAUCUGGUCCCUUCGGGUCAUAUCGGAAGCCUCGUUUUCGGCUUCCCCCACCAAUUAUUGUUAUUUGUGAGCUUAAGUCAUGUGGAAAGGUAGGAAUAGUUGAAGCAGCAUAUAACGAAUCAAGUAUUUUACAACGUACCAAUUGCAACUGAGAAGAGUGAUGAAAAUAGGACAUUUCGAAACACGGCAGGAUCAAGUAUACGAUUAGACGUAAUCCGAUCAUCAUUAAGCCUAACAUUGAGCUAAUAGAAGUGUCGAUACAUCGUACAAAUAUAGGGAACUAAUCUUGUGCCUAUCGUUUUACGGCCAUAAUCAUAUAUUUGUCCUAAUCACCGUCAAGACGGAACGAAAACCGAUAACAUCGCUUUCUCUGUGACAUAUUAAAGGUUUUUUUUUUUUUGUUUAAUGUUUACUAUUACAGUUAUAAUUUAUUGUAUCAGGUAGCGAAGGCUUAAAAACAUUCGUGAUAUUAGAACAACAACAACGUUGACUGUUGAUUUAUACAUAGACAUGCAUAGACAACAUUUUCUAUUCUGUACGAAACUAGACCGGUUAGAUCAAUCGUGUGUCGGAUCGCACUGCCGCUACACUUUAUAGGGAACGUCAAAUUACUAAAUCAGCCCGUUUGGAUCGAUGAGGGAACAGGCUACUGAAGCUAAUCCAGCGAGAUAAUCUUGCUUCAGUGGAUAUAAACCGUAGAGUUCACGUUCUCUCGCCGUAUAGUUGUUUUUUUUUUCCUGCUGAGAACGUAUGUCCCGAACGAGGCUCAAUCAUCAUUUGAAGCUUGGAAAAAUCCCUUCUAAGCAAAAACCUUUUAGCGAAAAGCAUUCUUUAUAACAGAGCUAACAAGGUCGAAGUUGCCCUAAUGGCCAUGAACGCUAAAAUUCAUUUGCCUUGCAAUUGCGUUAAAUUUUUAUCAAGCAUAAAACUAGCUUACCUGAUUGUAUCGGUCUCGGUGCCCACCUGAUCAGCUCCGAAGUCUUGCAUGGUUGUCUGUUUGAGAUGGGGCGAGUUUGUGGCAACGUCAACAGCAUUGAUAGUAGCAGCAGCAGCAGCAGCAGCAGCAACAACAUUAAUUAUCAUCGUCAUAAAAACGAGGGGAACUAGUUAAGAAGUAAACGAUUGAAUAUAAUAAAUAACGUUAUAUGGCCACUAAUGGUGGAAAUCGAUUUUGACCAUAUUGUAGUGAACAAAACUAUGCAAAUAAGGUAUGAUGUUUUCAGAAUAGGGGAAUUAUCGUUCGGGAGGCGAUGUCGUUAGGCGAUGCGGAGGAGGUUCACUAGAGAAAUUCAACAGUGACCUAAUGUUCAUAUGGAUAUGGUAGUCGUCCUUUUUCCAUGAACCCCAACUAACGUUUAGGUAUAUAUUUGAUUAUAACGUAUUUUGUGCUAGUAUCAUAGUGUGUAAAUACGUACGUAGAACGUUCGCGUGAACGUUAUUCGAAAAUUAAGAUAGCAAACAUUAUAACUGCUUACUGUUACGCAAGCCUCACGGUUUCAUGCUUCUACUACGAAAUGAGUUCGCCUGUGACAGGCAACACUACUUCAUCGAGUGAAGUCUCCAAAGUAACGUCGCUGCCAAUGACGUUAGCAUCAUAUACUGGUCUAUGUUGCGCUUCUAUUGAAAUAAUAAGCACUCUGUUGCCAUUUGUUUUAUCUGUUGAAGUAUUUUGUAACUGAAAUACUUGUUUCGCGUAGCUUUCGAUGGACAUGUGUCGUCCUGUGUUGUCCACGCUGUCCUUACGCAAGCCAAGUAACUGAUCCGUUCGAAACUUGAUGGCGGUUUUUAUUUUGUGGUCUAUUUUUCUUAGUUUUUGUCUGCACAAGGGUUAAACCCGUUGAAAAAUUUUUACUGGACAGGAUUAUUGCUACAGUUUUAUUCGAGUCACAAGAUUGUACCCCGAAUUUGCUCUCUAAAGAGGACUACAAUGUCGGAUAAAGAGUAUGCAUUGGCGAUAUCGAUUUUUCGCUGAUGCCAGAAAACCACCAAAGCAGCCCAGACAAUUCAUUCCGUCUACGUUACACUGUAGAGUUGUAUUUAAUUUUUUUACUCUUAAUAUCAUGCUCUGUUAAAAAUGGCACAAGACAAUCGUCGUCAAAGCCAAAAAGCCCGGGAAAAUGCUCAUCAUUUGAUAUUUGAACGUAGCGAGGCCCUUUUUCAUAGCUGUCUUAGUUUAUAGAGCUCUAGCCUACUCAAUGCGCAAGAGGAAUAACUAAGGUUUACAACUGUCAGAGCCUGUAGCCAUCUUGAAAACUUGAAUUUUCUCGAUAUUCUAACUAUUUCAUAAGAGUCGUCGACCAGCAUCAGAAAGCGUUAGAAAACCGAAGGAUCGACCACUGCACCGAUCAUAUUCAACGGCCAGAAACGUUGCAGAGAGUAUUACAGCGCACAAAAUGUUUUAGUGCUUUGUUUCGCUUUCGCUUGAGUUCAUAUGUGAUUAAUAAAAGGGUAAAUUGUUGGCAUACAAAAGCGAUAGUCGAUCAUCAAAAUCCAUGAGAAAUCGAUUUCAGUUAAUAAAAACAACUUAUUUUUGCCCGUUCAUUGAGAA